UAAAACUAAAGCUCACAGACCAAAGAAACGAGCAAAGCAGCAGCAGUUGCAGUUGCAAAAACUUGCAAUCUGCAAAUUAAGCAAAAGUUUCAGAGUCAAAGGAAGAAAAUGCCGAUCUCAAGAAUUGCAAUUGGAACGCCUGGGGAGGCAAGCCAACCCGAUGCUCUCAAGGCAGCACUCGCCGAGUUUAUCUCAACUCUGAUCUUCGUCUUUGCUGGCGAGGGAUCGGGCAUGGCUUUCAAUAAGCUCACCAGCAACGGGUCUUCCACACCAGCAGGUCUGGUUUCAGCAUCACUGGCUCACGCCUUCGCCCUCUUCGUUGCGGUUUCUGUUGGGGCCAAUAUCUCUGGGGGCCACGUUAAUCCUGCUGUAACAUUUGGUGCCUUCAUAGGUGGAAACAUUACAUUGUUGAGGGGCAUUUUGUAUUGGAUCGCACAAUUGCUUGGGUCCAUUGUUGCCUGCUUGCUUCUUAAGUUCGCCACCGGUGGAUUGACAACAUCUGCAUUCUCCCUAUCAACUGACGUGAGCGUAUGGAAUGCGUUGGUGUUCGAGAUUGUGAUGACCUUCGGCCUGGUCUAUACCGUUUAUGCCACAGCUGUAGACCCAAAGAAAGGGAACAUAGGGAUCAUUGCACCCAUUGCAAUUGGUUUCAUUGUGGGUGCCAACAUCUUAGCAGGUGGAGCCUUUGAUGGUGCCUCGAUGAACCCUGCAGUCUCUUUUGGUCCUGCUGUUGUCAGCUGGACGUGGACGCACCACUGGGUCUACUGGGUUGGCCCGCUAAUCGGGGCUGCCAUUGCUGCCAUCGUCUAUGACACCCUCUUCAUUGGAGAAAACACACAUGAGCAACUACCAACAGAUUAUUAGCAACUCUGGCUAGGUGGAGCUUCCUGUUUCUCUUUGUUGAAUAAAUUAUAGUACAAAUGAAAAUGUCUUAGCGAUAGGUUGAACUGUAUCUUGCUUGUACUCCUCUUUUGGCUUUUACAUGAAACAAGUGUUGAAUGUUGAUGUUCUUUGAACGAUUGAGUGUUCCGGUCAGUCUAAAAUCUGUAAAUUUGAUUGCUUUUGUCGAAUCGAACAAAGUUUGUAUUGCUUAGGCUG